AAGGCAAGAACAUACAGUAUUAUAAUUAAAAGUUUAAAUGCUCUGGUUGUUAUGAAGGCAGCUGUUAUACGUGCUAACUACUCAGUACACAGACCCUGACGUAUUUACACAUACAGUAACAUAACACUUUGACUCCGCCCCGCCCCGCAGCACCGGUGUGCUCCGUGGAGGAAAACGAACACCCCCCGGUGCACCACCACAGUUAGCCUGCCCUGCUAGCUACAAGAGGAGCAGACAAGCCAUCAAAACCGGGGUCAACGAUGUAUCCGGACUUUAUCUACCUCCACGCAUGUGAUUUUUCUAAAUGUCCACGGAAACAGCUGACUAAAGUUUGACAGCUAUCCCACCAGUUUUCCAGUUGUGAGAAUUUCCCGGAAGAAGCAGUGCUGGAAAUUUGCUCGGAUUAAGCCUUUUCCUGUGUUAAUAGAUCCACAAAUCAUCUGCUGAUGACCACAUCUGAAGCCGAUCCUGAGUUGUGAGUCAGUAGAGGAGAAGCUGGGCUGAUGACAAGCAUGACAUUGAGCCAAGCCACAGAUGCAUGUCCACUCAAAAGGCCCAACUGAGCGCCGUCCCCUCUGCUUCCCGGCUUUCAACCAGUCGCUCAGAGGGGGGGUGUCGACGGGGCGUAGCUAGUCCCCUGCACCCCCGAGUAGAACCCCACUGUGAAACUGGAGGUCUCUGAUGGAUCAGGGUAAUAGUGAGCAGAGUCCAGAGGAGCCGGACACAGGAGGCCGAGCGGAGCCGGAGAUCGGCAGGAGGGCGUCGGAGUCAGAGCAUGGCUUGUCCAAAAUCACCCAUAAUGCCCUGGAGAACAUGGGAGCGUUGGGCCAUGGCCUGAAGCAGUUCUUCCAGCCACAGCGCCGACGCUCCUCCGUUUCCCCACAUGACUCCGUCUCGUCCUGCACAAGCGCCCCUCCCUCCGAACCCACUGAUGUAGGGUCAGAAGUAGGGGACGCUCCCGCUUCCUCGGCCCUCCCUUUGGAUUCUGACAACCCUGCCGCUUCCGCCCCUCCCGCAGCUCUGAGCCGCGUUCUGCAGCAGAUCCGAGGUGCUCCACCAACGAUGAAGCGAGGCACCAGCUUGCAGAGCCGGCGCACCAAGGUGGGGGGCACUGGGGAUCCUCCCCAGAAAGGUAGCCCACAGAUCCACCGGCGCAGCACCCAUGAAGCCCUGCUGCAGGCUGGACGCCCACGCUCCUCCUCGACCACAGAUACACCCACCAGCCCAGCUCUAGCUGACAUGCUGCUGACCUCUGGUUACCACUCAACCGAGGAGCCUGACAAGCUGGAUCGUUAUGAUGGAUCAGGCCCCGCUGUGUCACCCAACACGCUCCCGUACGGUGCAGACGGGUAUGAUGUAGUUGACAGUACCCCAGACCCCCAGCGAACUAAGCAGGCCAUUGCCCAACUCCAACAGAAGAUCCUCAAACUCACAGAACAGAUCAAAAUUGAACAAACCGCACGCGACGACAACGUGGCCGAAUACCUGAAACUUGCCAACAACGCAGACAAACAGCAGAGUGCACGCAUCAAACAGGUGUUUGAGAAGAAGAACCAAAAGUCAGCUCAGACGAUCCAGCAACUGCAGAGGAAGUUGGAGCAUUACCACCGGAAGCUUCGAGAGGUGGAGCACAACGGCAUCCCUCGCCAGCCCAAAGAUGUUUUCCGAGACAUGCACCAGGGGCUGAAAGAUGUCGGAGCCAAGGUGACAGGGGGCCUCUCCAGUUUCUCUCAAGCCACUCAUUCUGCAGCUGGAGCCGUGGUGUCGAAGCCGAGGGAAAUCGCCUCCCUCAUCCGCAACAAGUUUGGCAGCGCUGAAUAUAUUGCGGGCCUGAAAGACUCCUUGGAUGAAACCCAGGGAGAUGAGGGUGUUGGCCCCGGAGGAACGAGGGCCCUCGGAACAGGACCGCUGCAGUCCAGCCCAAAGUACGGCAGUGAUGAAGACUGUUCUAGCGCUACUUCUGGCUCUGCAGGAGCCAACAGCACGACUGGAGCUCCUGGAGGCCCCCCUAGCUCCAAGGGCAACACCCUCGAACACGGCCAGGCCUCAGGCUUUGAUGCUAUACUCCAUGAGAUCCAAGAGCUCCGGGAAAACCAAGGUCGACUGGAGGAGUCCUUUGAAAACUUAAAAGCCCACUAUCAGAGGGACUACACGGUGAUCAUGGAGGCCCUGCAAGAGGAACGAUUCAGGUGUGAACGUUUAGAAGAACAGCUCAAUGACUUGACUGAGCUGCACCAAAAUGAAAUUCUCAACUUGAAACAGGAACUAGCCAGCAUGGAGGAGAAGAUUGCUUACCAGUCUUAUGAACGAGCGAGGGACAUUCAGGAGGCGCUGGAGGCUUGUCAGACGCGCAUCUCCAAGAUGGAGCUGCAGCAGCAGCAACAGCAGGUGGUGCAGCUCGAGGGUUUGGAGAACGCCACAGCACGGACUCUCCUUGGAAAACUAAUCAAUGUGCUGCUGGCCGUUAUGGCAGUCCUUUUGGUGUUUGUGUCCACGGUGGCUAACUGUGUCGUCCCCUUAAUGAAAACACGCAGCCGCACGCUUUCCACGCUGCUCCUCGUAAUCCUCCUCGCCUUCCUCUGGAGGCACUGGGAUGCCAUUUCAGAGUAUCUGCAUCACUUUCUUCUGCACCCCAGAUGACCGUCUUAUUUAAAUGAUGAAGGGAGAGAGGGUUUGGGGCUGAUGUGUGAAGGGAGGACACUGACCCAUACAGGGAGUUGAAUCUCAAUAGUCCUUCCUUUUCUUCCUCUUCAGCAGCUUCUCAAAACACUCAGGAGGGGUUGCGUCAGAGGUUUUGUCACUUUAUCUUUUUCUGAAAUAUGUUUUGAGAGGAGUAAAACAGAGAAUAAGGGGAGAAAAGGCUGGAUGUUUGGUAUCGACUUGCUAUCUUUGGUGCAAAUGGCACAAGCACAUUAGUGUGAGGGUGAAUGGGGCAUAGUUGAAGGAGUGGCUGAGAGAACCGCACACUUGAUUUCUCUCUUUCUGAGUGAAUUUGUUUACAUGUGGAGAACUUUGCAUUGUUUCCCCACAGAAGAAAUUGUAAUUCAGAGUUUUAUUACUUUUGAGCUGAUUCAAGUGGUAUUGUUUUGAAGUCACCGCUAUUUUUAAUACAGCUGAUUUGAUGGCUUUUUAUUUUUAUUUUAACUGUAAUGAGCCGACAGUGUUCUGCUGACUUAGUUGUCCAUAUUCUCUUUUUGUAUGUUCUCUCUCUUCUGGACUUGCUACUCUGGUUUUUUCAGUCUGCUCUUUCCCCUUUCCCCCUUUACUCAAUCUUUUCAAAUUUCAGCUUGUGUGACCAACUCUUCCUCUUCCUGCUCACUACACUCUGAAGAAUUGGGUGCUUGCACAUCAGCUACAUUGCUCUGGAAUCAGACUUGUCACUGGAUCAAAUAGUAGUGGGUUCUUGACUUGUUUCUUAUGGAUGUGUGAAGUCAAUAACACUGGUUCUGCCACAACCAGGAUAUUACUAUCAAGAACUUUGAAGUUUGGAGUUGCGACCCUGCCCUCUGGGCCAACUGGAUUCUACUAUCCUGGUGGCUUUUCCACUGCAGAAGAAUAAUCUAUGAACUGAAUUAACAUACUUGAAGAGCGGUUAAAAGUGCUCAAAGACUCAGUGCUUCCGUACUGUUUCUAUUAGUGACAAUGAAAUAGUAAUACUUUUUAGUUGAUUUUUUUAUUUUUUAAAGACAAAUAAAUUUGCUGUUUUAAAAGGUGAAA